UUAUCAAAGAUGUUCAUGAGGACUCGCUCACAGUUGUAUUUGAAAACAACUGGCAGCCAGAGCGCCAGGUACCCUUUAAUGAAGUCAGAUUACCACCACCCCCUGAUAUCAAGAAAGAAAUUGGUGAAGGAGAUGAAGUGGAGGUUUAUUCUAGGGCAAAUGACCAAGAACCUUGUGGCUGGUGGCUGGCAAAAGUUCGAAUGAUGAAAGGAGAGUUCUAUGUCAUUGAAUAUGCUGCUUGUGAUGCCACUUACAAUGAAAUUGUCACUUAUGAACGACUCCGACCUGUGAAUCAAAAUAAAACUGUCAAAAAGAACACCUUUUUCAAGUGCACAGUGGACGUUCCUGAGGAUCUGAGAGAUGCGUGCGCUAAUGAAAAUGCACAUAAAGAUUUCAAGAAAGCUGUGGGAGCGUGUAGAAUUUUUUAUCAUGCUGAAACUGCUCAACUAAUAAUACUGUCUGCCAGCGAAGCAACAGUGAAGCGAGUGAAUAUACUGAGUGACAUGCAUUUGCGCAGCAUUCGUACGAAGCUUAUGCUUAUGUCAAGAAACGAAGAAGCUACAAAACACUUAGAAUGCACAAAGCAGCUUGCUGCAGCAUUUCAUGAGGAAUUUGUAGUCAGAGAAGAUUUAAUGGGACUUGCUAUAGGAACACAUGGGAGUAACAUACAACAAGCCAGAAAGGUUCCAGGAGUUACUGCCAUUGAACUUGAGGAGGAUACUGGUACUUUCAGAAUCUAUGGAGAGACUGCUGAUGCAGUAAAAAAGGCUAGAAGUUACUUGGAAUUUGUGGAGGAUUUUAUUCAAGUUCCCAGAAAUCUUGUUGGAAAAGUUAUUGGAAAAAAUGGAAAAGUGAUUCAGGAGAUUGUAGACAAGUCUGGAGUCGUCAGGGUGAGAAUUGAAGGAGAUAAUGAAAAUAAACUGCCCCGUGAAGAUGGAAUGGUACCGUUCGUAUUUGUUGGUACUAAAGAAAGCAUUGGAAAUGUCCAAGUUCUUUUAGAAUACCACAUCGCGUAUCUGAAGGAGGUAGAACAACUAAGACUGGAAAGGCUCCAGAUUGAUGAACAGUUGCGUCAGAUUGGUAUGGGUUUCAGACCUUCUUCUGCUAGGGUUCCUGAAAAAGAAAAGGGUUACACAACUGAUGAGAGCACCCUCUCCUCAGUGCAAGGUUCCAGAUCCUACAGCGGAAGAGGGAGAGGCCGCAGAGGCCCCAAUUACACAUCUGGUUACG